GAGCUGCGUUUUCUUUCUUCCUUGUUUUCCAUGAGCCCUGUGGGAUAGGAAGGACUCUAGGACUUUCUGACGCUAGCUAAUCAUCUCAAGAGCUUUGACAAACUCACUUCAGUUCUGUGUAAAAUCAGAGCUUCAACGCCCAGGCGGCUCUGCUCAGCCCCUCCCCUCGGCUUCGUGCAGGCUUUCUCACAUGCAAACUUCUCAGAGGCAGGAAAUACUUUGCAGGCAAUCUGGGCCUGGUUGUGGAGGCCCCUUUCGCAAAACAUCAGUCUGCAUUUAGAAGACAGAAGUCACUAGGAACGCCUUGACAGGAUCCGGCUUUAGCUGAGGCUCCCUCCAGCUGCAGAGGGUGUUUUUGUUAGAAUCACACACUGCGUUAAGGAGAACUGCUCAGAAUAGAGUGUGACCUCAGCCACGAAAUGUGAACUUAGAUUUUGGAGACACAAACGGGACAGACUCCUCUCCUAGCCAGGCUGGAGAAGCAUCAUGUCUUGGAGACAACAACAACUCCUGGCCCAGUUGGCAAAAUGGCAGAUCACACACACUUCCUUGAUCCAUGAAUUCACAGUCAUCAUUCACCAAGUUCCAUUCCCUUGAGUGCUACAUGGAAUGCAUCUCCUUGUCUGUUGUUAAACUAUGAUGACAUGUCUGUAGCUAUCAGAAAGAGGAGCUGGGAAGAGCAUGUGACGCAGCAGACUGAACAGCCUUUUAAUUCUGAUGAGUAUGACAUAGCAUGUCAUCACGGACUGGUAUCCGACAGCUUGCAGGCAAGUAUGGAAAAAGAUGAAACCUUAAAUGUGGACCAUAAAGAGAAGUGUGCCUCUCUACCAGACUGCUGUUGUGGGUCGGAGACCAGAGACUUUCCUGGGAGGCCAAUGGGUCACAUUUCACAAGAGGUAGAUGAGAGUGACAGCCAGGAAGGGGAAGAGCAGUUUCUAUCACUAGAGGCCAGCACAGAGACACUAGUGCAUAUUUCUGAUGAGGAUGCUGAUGCUGAUCUCCACCUUAUCGAUGACUCACAGAUUUUAACUCCCCAAAGACAUGAAAGAGACAGCAAAGAUGGUCUCGAGGGAGCAGGCUCCUUCAUGAAGACACUGUCCACCGUGCAGAAUAACCAAGAUUCUCAUAACUCCUGGAGGAUGGCUGGUGAAGCUGCUGUGACUCCAGCAGAGGAAACUGAGGAAAGGGAAGAUGUCGAUGCUAUAAGUAAAAGCCUGGAGCUCUGUAAGAAUAUAAGCUCGAGUGAAACAAAAGAUGGGCCCAAAGUAAACACAUUUGGUUCUUUGGAUGUGAAAGAUAGUGCACCAGAGACACAACUGCUUAAUUCUGCAGUGAUCGCUCAACAACGAAGGAAACCUGACUUCCCUAAAGAGGAACAGGGAAAAAAUCAGCACCGUGUAGUGGAAGAAGACUUCUUGGCUGCUCCUUACGCAGACAGAGGACUGCCAUUAUUAAAAGCAGAUUGCAGAAGCUGCCUUCUGCAGCCUCCUUCCUGCCCUGGUGGAAUGUCAGCAGAAAAUGACCUGGAGAAGGGUGGGUUCUCAGAACAUCAAAACAGCAGCCCUCUCAAGGUCAGCACAGAAGAUGGCAUGCAGUGUUUACACUUAAGGGGCCCAGUGACCACCCAGGAGACUGUAGACAAUCAAGUCAGACUACGCAAGAGAAAGGACACACGGGAAGAUCGAGACAGGACACGGCUGGACUCCAUGGUGCUACUAAUUAUGAAACUGGACCAACUAGACCAAGACAUCGAGAAUGCUCUCAGCACUGUCUCCUCUCCAUCCAGCACCCCAACGAACCUGCGGCGGCAUGUCCCUGAUCUGGAAUCAGGAUCUGAAAGUGGAACAGAUAGCGGCUCAGUAAAUCACACACAGGUGAAUCUGUGCUCUAACAAUGAGUGCACUGAGCUCUCAUCCACUCCAGCGAGCAAUUCUGGAACCAAGCCCAAAGCCAUGGCUGUCCCAUGUACUGGAGAAAAGGAAACGGCUGAAAUUGAAGCCAAGGAAGCUUGUGAUUGGCUGAGGGUAACUGGUUUCCCCCAGUAUGCACAGCUUUAUGAAGAUCUCCUGUUCCCCAUUGAUAUUUCCCUGGUCAAGAGAGAACAUGAUUUCUUGGACAGAGAUGCCAUCGAAGCUCUCUGCAGGCGAUUAAAUACUUUAAACAAGUGUGCAGUGAUGAAGCUGGAGAUCAGUCCCAACAGGAAGCGAAGUGAAGAUUCAGAUGAAGAUGAGCCUUGUGCAAUAAGCGGCAAGUGGACUUUCCAGAGGGACAGCAAACGGUGGUCCAGGCUGGAAGAGUUUGAUGUCUUUUGUCCGAAGCAGGAUCCGAUCCCCGGGUCCCCAGACGACUCUCACUUGCGGAGCUCCACGAGCCGCGAAAGCAUGCUGACGGACCUCAGCGAGCGCCAGGAGGUGUCCUCCGUCCGAAGCCUCAGCAGCACCAGCAGCAGCGUCCCCACCCACGUGCCCCACGGCGGGGAGGCUACCACACCCCGAACCAACUCCGUCCUCAGCGUCUGCUCCUCCGGCCACUUUGUGGGCAAUGAUGACUCUUUCUCUAGCCUACCUUCGCCCAAGGAAAUGUCCAGCUUCAGCUUCAGCAUGAAAGGCCACGAGAAAAACACCAAGUCUAAGACCCGGAGCCUGCUGAAGAGGAUGGAGAGCUUGAAGCUCAAGGGCCCCCACCACAGCAAGCACAAGGCGCCUUCCAAGCUGGGCCUGAUCAUCAGCGCCCCCGUUCUGCAGGAGGGUAUGGACGAGGAGAAGCUGAAGCAGCUGAACUGCGUGGAGAUCUCGGCCCUCAACGGCAACCACAUCAACGUGCCCAUGGUACGAAAAAGGAGCGUGUCUAACUCCACACAGACCAGCAGCAGCAGCAGCCAGUCGGAGACCAGCAGCGCUGUCAGCACACCCAGCCCUGUCACCAGGACACGGAGCCUCAGCACCUGUAACAAGCGGGUGGGCAUGUAUCUGGAGGGCUUCGACCCUUUCAGUCAACCCGCCUUUAAUAACGUGACGGAGCAGAACUACAAAAACCGCGAGAGCUACCCGGAGGACACUGUGUUCUACAUUCCGGAGGACCACAAGCCUGGCACCUUCCCUAAGGCCCUCUCCAACGGCAGUUUCUGUCCCUCGGGAAACGGUUCCGUGAACUGGAGGACUGGAAGCUUCCAUGGCCCCAGCCAUCUCGGCCUGCGGAGAGAAAACAGCAACGACAGCCCUAAGGAACUGAAGAGACGCAACUCCUCCAGUUCUUUGAGCAGCCGCCUAAGCAUCUAUGACAACGUGCCGGGCUCCAUGCUCUACUCCAGCUCGGGGGACUUGGCGGACCUGGAGAAUGAGGACAUCUUCCCUGAGCUGGAUGACAUUCUCUACCACGUGAAGGGGAUGCAGAGGAUAGUGAACCAGUGGUCUGAAAAGUUUUCAGACGAGGGAGACUCGGACUCAGCCCUGGACUCUGUGUCCCCUUGCCCGUCAUCUCCAAAACAGAUACACCUGGACGUGGACCAUGACCGAAGGACACCCAGUGACCUGGACAGCACAGGCAACUCCCUCAAUGAGCCUGAAGAGCCCACUGACAUCCCAGAAAGAAGGGACUCUGGGGUAGGGGCUUCCCUGACCAGGUGCAAUAGGCACAGACUGAGGUGGCACAGUUUUCAGAGCUCUCACCGGCCAAGCCUGAACUCUGUGUCUCUGCAGAUUAACUGUCAGUCUGUGGCCCAGAUGAACCUGCUGCAGAAAUACUCACUUCUGAAAUUGACGGCCCUGCUGGAAAAAUACACGCCUUCCAAUAAGCAUGGCUUUAGCUGGGCCGUGCCCAAGUUCAUGAAGAGGAUAAAAGUUCCAGACUACAGGGACCGCAGUGUGUUCGGGGUCCCGCUGACCGUGAACGUGCAGCGCUCAGGACAGCCCUUGCCGCAGAGCAUCCAGCAGGCCAUGCGCUACCUUCGUAACCAUUGUCUGGACCAGGUUGGGCUCUUCAGGAAGUCGGGUGUCAAAUCCCGUAUUCAGGCUCUACGCCAGAUGAAUGAGAGCGCCGAAGAUUAUGUCAACUACGAGGGCCAGUCUGCUUAUGAUGUGGCAGACAUGUUAAAGCAGUAUUUUCGAGAUCUUCCUGAGCCCCUCAUGACGAACAAACUCUCCGAAACCUUCCUACAGAUCUACCAAUAUGUGCCCAAGGACCAGCGCCUCCAAGCCAUCAAGGCAGCCGUUAUGCUCCUGCCUGACGAGAACCGGGAGGUUCUCCAGACGCUUCUCUACUUCUUGAGCGAUGUCACGGCGGCUGUGAAAGAAAACCAGAUGACUCCCACCAACCUGGCCGUGUGCUUAGCUCCUUCUCUCUUCCACCUCAACACCCUGAAGAGGGAGAAUUCUUCUCCAAGGGUGAUGCAGAGGAAACAGAGUUUGGGCAAACCAGACCAGAAAGAUCUGAAUGAAAACCUAGCUGCCACUCAAGGGCUGGCCCACAUGAUCGCUGAGUGCAAGAAGCUCUUCCAGGUUCCUGAGGAAAUGAGCCGAUGUCGCAACUCUUACACGGAGCAGGAGCUGAAGCCCCUUACACUGGAGGCCUUGGGACACCUGAAUAAUGAUCACCCUGCUGACUAUAGACACUUCCUCCAGGACUGUGUGGAUGGCCUGUUUAAGGAGGUCAAAGAGAAGUUCAAAGGCUGGGUCAGCUACCCUACGUCCGAGCAGGCUGAACUGUCCUACAAGAAGGUCAGCGAAGGCCCGCCCCUGAGGCUUUGGAGGUCAACCAUUGAAGUGCCUGCUGCACCUGAGGAGAUCUUAAAGCGCCUUCUGAAGGAGCAGCACCUCUGGGAUGUGGACCUGCUGGACUCUAAGGUGAUCGAAAUCCUGGACAGCCAGACUGAAAUCUACCAGUACGUCCAAAACAGCAUGGCCCCCCACCCUGCCCGGGACUACGUCGUGUUGAGGACCUGGAGGACUAAUUUACCCAGGGGAGCCUGUGCCCUCUUACUCACCUCCGUGGAUCACGAUCGGGCACCCGUGGUAGGCGUGAGAGUAAAUGUGCUCCUGUCCAGAUAUUUGAUUGAACCCUGCGGGUCAGGAAAAUCCAAGCUCACCUACAUGUGCAGAGCCGAUUUAAGGGGCCACAUGCCGGAGUGGUACACAAAAUCUUUUGGACAUUUGUGUGCAGCUGAAGUGGUAAAGAUCCGAGACUCCUUCAGUAAUCAGAACACUGAAACCAAGGACACCAAAUCUAGGUGAUCACUGAGGCAUAGCACCUGAGUCCACUACCAGGGUGGAUGUUUCUAGAGCCUUGCCAAUCCUUGGAAGAGUCCAUCUGGGUCUGAUUGACUAUGGCAAUUUGACACGUUCUUAAAGCUGCUUCCUGUUUGUCUUAGGUCUGUGUUAUAGACCUUGACUGGAAUACAUAAGACUUGGUGGGGGGGAGGGGUACUUGUACUAUUCAGAUUGCUUCUGAGAAGCAAGAACUCUUUCAGCGCAUAAUGGAAGAUGACAAAGAGACGUGAUUCUCCUGUGACGUCAGCGUAUGUGUACCUUUGUCCUUUGUUUGUAGCAUGUUGGGGAAUGAUGUAUCCACUGGAAUAGUUGGUACUUGGGGACAGGUUUUUCUCACUGAGAUGAGCGGAGGACGGUUUGCACAGAGUAGUGUGAAUGUGUGUGUUGCUGGCUGAAUGGCACAGAUGAAGGGAUGGGAUGCAGUGUCUGGCACACUGAGAUGCUCCAGAAAGGAUGCUGAUAAACCAGGUUUAGCUCGACCUGGAAUAACUGACUACCCAGGGAAUCCACCCAGAAGGGGAACCCAGCUCCUUCUCCGUUUCCCCCCAGGGUAUUAAGCUGUUUUUUGGUAGUUUAUUUUAUUUCAUUUGUUUUUGUUUUUGUUUGAUUGUUUGUUUGUUUUUUCUCUUCUGCAAACCUUUGAUUUCCCAUAAGCUGUAGUUUCCCCAUGACUGUAGAAAUUUAACCAGUAAGACCAGUUCAGAAAUAAGUGUCAGCUUCACUCCCUUGACUGGCUCCAGAGAAAGGCUUUUAUUUAAGUGAGAUGUAAAAGUUAAACACUGACUAAGCAGAAUAUGAAACCUUUUUUUUUUUUAUUUCCAGUCCUAGGAAUUGGACCCAGGGCCUUUUGUAUGCCAGCAAGCACCCUACAGUGAACUUCACCCCCACACACACACCAUCCCGUCUGCCCAGCUUUGUGCUCACUUUUCCAUUUGAGACAGGUCUCACCAUGUUGCCCAGGCUGGUCUUGAACAACUGACUCACUAUAUAGCCCAGGUUCCUAUCUCAGUCUGUCUAAUAUCUGGGAUAAGAGGCUCAGCUCACCAAUACUUUCUACCUGUAAUAAUUCAUAGAAUUUUCAUGCUUGUGACAUAAACUCUUAACAUACACGAAGGAACACAUGGAGCUACGUCUCCAGUAGCUUUAUCCCAAGCUCCAGAGGCUUUUGAUCGCUGGUGAUGUUAUCAGUGUUCCUGACAGCUACAUAUGUGUAUUUUAAUUAGGUUUGAACUCUGUACAAAUAGGUCUUCUGGCUAUUUGUUAUUUUUCCUACGUUUCUUUCUUUGCUCUUUUCCUUUCCUCUCAUAAUGCCCCCCCCCAAACUGUAUUUUAGUAAUAAUGGGGAAUAGUAAUCUCAGUGAAAAACAAACAGUGCAGGUUUUUGGAAGGGUGGUCUUUAUACAGGUUUUACUGUAAUGGUAAAGAUUGACUCAAGACAGUAUUAGUAAAUUUAUUUUGUAUGGAUCAAAAAGUGAGUAACGUGUGAAUGAGAGAGUUAAAGAAGGAUUUUUAUUUUGUUAUAACUUAGUUACCUUGUCAGUAUUAUUUCAAAGGUUCUUUGAAGAAUUGGGGGGGGAGGGUCAGAGUAGAAUUUUAAAGUUUGAGUAUUUUGAAUUAUCAGUGUUGCUUGUGAAGAUGUGCGUGUAUAUUCAACUUUGGCGGCUUCUGGACCUGUACAAUUGUAUGCUGUAUAUACCAUUCUAUGGAGAAAUAUGUACACAUGUCUGUCUACUGUGCUUUCAGACAUAAAGCAUGAUAAAGAUUAUUAUUUAAGAUAUACUUGUAUUUAUACCUCAGAUAUUCUUUUGGGUUUUGUACCUCAAGGCUCCCUUCCCCAUGUUGUAAAUACACUUUACGUGAAUACAGUUUUAGUGAGAAAAAAAAAAAAGAAUAAAUAAAGGAAGAGGUUUAUAAUUUGCCCUAUAUCUGUACAGAGUAUAUUCAGUAAAUGCACUAUUAAAUGUUGAAAGGAAGGGGAAGAGUCUGGCCUGCUCUCGGUGUUGCACCUUCUCCGCCCUUAGAAGCAGGGAUUGCAAAGCAUAGGGGCCUCGUGCCAAAGCUACAUCAAGACAAAUCGGCUGAAAGAAAACUUGGACGACGAAUCAUUCCAAGGCCAAGCUGCAACUGAGCCACUCACCCACAAACAGGAAACCCUGGUGAAGGUUCAGGAAGCCUGGAGAUUCUCUCCACACCAAGGUCAGAAAAUGAUGCUGAGAAUUUAUGAGAACGGAGCAAGAGCAAAGGAAUGAUGCUUAUAAGCAAAGUCGAGGUCACUGAUUACUCCACAAAAGGUCUCUUACCCAUGUUUAUCUUUCCUGUUGAAGAGAUUACUUACGUCUGGCCAGAGAAGAAUUCGGAGCACGGGGGGCCUACAUCUUGUAACAUCCCCACGAUUCGUCCACGUGACCUGUGGUCUAGAUUGUGAGUUCUUCAAGGGCAGGCUCAUCUCCUGCACAUCUUUGUAACCCUCUACAGCAGCUUUCAGUGUUUUGUACUUGUAGACACCUAAUAAAUUUAUCAUUUGCUAAAGAA